GCGGGAAUUGCAGUGAGAUCGACAUCAUACCAGAAAAAAUUUCAACUACCAAACACUGUUGCAGCCAAUAAAGAAACAGGCCUGCAUGUCUAGACCAGAUAUAACAAAUAAGUGCAUACAGAAAUAUACUUAUGCAAGGUCUAGGUAUCUUCCUUCAAGCACACUGUCUGGUCACCUUUAAGAAUUCUCAUAAAGAAUUCGACUUCAAAAUUGCAAAGUUAUCAAAAUAAAAGAAAAAAAUACAUACCCAAACAUAUUUUGCCCAAUCGUUCUGGCGAACCAUUCCAUCAGUAGCACCUGUUAUUCGGCUUGGUUCCUUUAUUCACAACAAAAAACAAACCACACACACUUUUGUAAAACAAAAAACGUAAACAAAACAAAAAACGUGCUGCAAUUGAUCGAAUUGAUUGCUUUUCCUGCAUUACGCACCCUCCAAAAAAAAAGAGAAGCAUUAAAACAAAAUAAAAAAAAAGCAUCUAAAACAUGGAUAAUUGGAAUGUUUUGACAGCCCACCAAUCGGCCAUUGGCGGUCGGGAUGAUGUGAAUUUGGUAUCCAAAGAGAAACUGACAAUCGAAAAGCUUCCCGACAAGGUGAUUCUACAAAUUUUCUCAUAUCUUUCACAUCGUGAAAUUUGUCGUUUGGCAAGAGUAUGUCGUCGCUGGCGUCAAAUUGCCUACGAUACACGCCUAUGGAAAAAUGUCUCCCUACGACCUGAAGUAUCCGGUUUGCAUGUGGGUUCAUUGGAAUCCUUGUUGUCUUUGAUUGCGGUACGUUUUGGACCCACUCUGCGUUACAUUGAAUUGCCCAUUGAACUCAUCACCCAUACUGUGCUACAUGAACUAUCUGCCAAAUGUCCCAAUUUAACACAUAUGCUCUUGGAUUUCUCCACAGCUAUGCAGCUUCACGAUUUCAGUGAAAUGCAGGCCUUUCCCACCAAACUGCGUUACAUGUGCAUCUGCUUGUCUGAGGUCAUCUUUAUGGAAGGUUUUAUGCGUAAAAUCUACAACUUCAUCAAUGGCUUAGAGGUUCUACAUCUCAUCGGCACCUAUGAGAAGUGCGAAGAGGAGGAGGAGGAAAUCUAUGAAGUCAUCAAUGUCCACAAGUUGAAAUCGGCCACCCCCAAUUUGCGUGUCAUCAAUUUGUAUGGCAUUAAUUUUAUUGAUGACUCCCACAUUGAUGCCUUCAGUUCCAAUUGUAUCCAAUUGGAAUGCUUGGCUGUGAAUUUUUGUAAUAAAGUCACCGGUUCCACCCUCAAGACCCUGAUUCAACGCUCAAAACGCUUGACCUGUUUGCUAAUGAAUGGCACCAGUUUGAAGUCGGAGUUUGUGAUGCAAGCCGAUUGGGAUAAAUGUGCUCUGCAAGAAUUGGAUAUUACAGCCACCGAUUUGUCCACCGAAUGUUUGAUUGAUAUGUUGACCCGUAUACCCAAUUUAAGAUUUUUGUCCGCUGGUCAAAUCAAUGGUUUCAAUGAUACUGUAUUGAAGAUGUGGAUGGAAUCUGGUAUGCCUAGGUCUUUGGUGUCCAUCGAUUUGGAUUCUUCGGAUAAUAUUACCGAUGAUGGUUUGCAAAAGUUUUUGACACGCCAUGGUCAACAAUUGGGUGCCUGUUGUUUGUCCGGUAUGCCUCAUAUUACCGAUCAACUUUGGAUGAGUAUUUUACCCGUUUUGACUAAUGCAAAAAUUUUGGUAAUGGGUACACCUGAGAAAUUGGGUGUAAAUAUUCAUGUUGAUCAAUUGAUGGAUACAAUUGCAUCAGCCUGCACAAAUUUGGAACGUUUGGAAUUGAGAUGGGAUCCAGAUAAUUUACGUUUUUCGGACAAAAGUCAAAAGGCCAUUGACUUGUUGCGUGUAAAAUGUUUAAAACUACGUUGCAUGGUAUUAAGUGAUGGCCGCUAUUAUGAAACAGUGAAGGCCAACUUUGAACGUGCCGAUCGUGUAACCGUGGUGCGCACCACAACCUGUUGCCGUGUCUCACCAUAUCACUUGUUAAGUAACUACAACGAUUUGAUUUUCAAUUAGGUGCAAGCCAGCCAUAGGGAAGACACCAGAAACAGGGAGGAUAAGUCUCCAAAAGAAUAAGCAAAGCAGUGCCUUACAUGAAAUGUCUUUGAAAUUUGUAUAGAAACGUCAAUUUAUGUUUGCCAAAGCAAUUAGAUGAAUUAAAAGAUUUUUUUUUUUUUGGUUUUUUGUAAUUAUUUCACUUUUUUUAAGUUUUGUUGUUUUAUAUAUUUUUCCAUAUUAUAUUCAAUGUACAAUCGUAUAAUAAUUUAAUGCAAGUUUUUCUUUGUCCUCUCUAGGGGGGUCUCCCAAGUUAAUCAUCUUCUUCUUUUUCGUUCCAAACCAAGAUGUUUAAAUAAUAAUAAUAAUAAUUUAAUCAUGUUUAUAUUUUCACUUUCAUUAUAAAAUUAGCCUAAAACAUUAACUUUGUUGUUGUUUAAAUUUUUAAAAAAUAUACAUUGCUAAUUGUUUGUUUA